AAAGUUGACCAUGCAUUUCAAGGGAUCUGGCCCCAUCUUCUUUGCGUUCCUGACCUUUGCCUUUAUCGUUGGGACCUAUGGUGCCGACUAUGAGACCUUCCUAAGGCAGCACUAUGACAACCCCAAGAGCAGUGUCGGAAGCAAUUACUGCGAUGCCAUGAUGCAAAAACGUGAUCUGACCAAACCUCAAUGCAAAGAGGUGAACUCCUUCAUCCACGAAACCAAGAAUAACAUCAUAGAUGUAUGUGGUAAUGGAGGGGAACCUUAUGGGGACAGGUUGCGGCGCAGCAAGAAACAGUUCUCUGUCACCACCUGCAAGCUUAAGGGAGGCUCGACCCGUCCACCUUGUAACUAUAGAGAGAACAAGUCAGAAAGAUAUAUUGUUAUCGCUUGUCGUGAUAAAUUGCCUGUACACUAUGAUGAAGGUCUGAUCUAA